AUACUUAACUGCCAUUCUAAGGAUGCAAGAAAAUGGCUUGGCUCUCAAGAAAAAUGGCUUCUUGGACAAUUGUAAGCCAGUUUUUCCUGAUUGCUCUGAUAAGCUUGAACGCCUACUCUAGUCCUGCUAAAAAAGGUUGGAACCAGUCUAAUCUUGGUAGCAGUGACAUGGAAGUUAACUCUGGUCUGCAAAGUGCUACAUCUCAAGGCUUUAAGCCGACAUCUUCUGUGUCAUGGGUGAUGGCAAGGCCCAAACAAAUAGUCUUCCCUGUGCAACCUUCCAAUACACAAAGCACUGCUGUCUUGUGGGCAACUAAGCCUCCCCCAAUAAUUCCUCCCCCUCCUUCCAGUCCAGAAGGUCUGGCUGUUUCAGUAGUUGAAUCUACCAACCAAGUUCCACCUCCUCUUGAUCCACCGUUCCCUCCUGUUUCAUGGGUAACUCUUCCUCCCAGAAGGGUUAUUCCUCCCAGUCCACAAAACCUUGCUAUCCCUUGGGUAACUGACUCACCCAAAAUUUUAACUGCUUCUCCUCCCAAACCAGAGUUGAAGCUUCCUGCUUCUCCAUCCACCCAAAAACCUCCUGUCUCAUGGAUUGGCUAUCCACCCAAAAAAUUUUCUCCUUCCAUUUCAAAAGAACCUGCUGUCCCACAGGUGGCUGCUCCUUUAAAAAAGCUUCCUGCUCUUCUGUCUAAUCCAUGGGUGGUUGAUCUUCCUGAAAAAGUGUCGCCAGCUUCUCCCCCCAGUCCACCAGGCCCUGCGUUAUCUUGGUUGGUCAGCACAUACAAUCCACAAGUCCAUCCGUCAGUCGACCUAAUCAAUGAAGAGCCUACAGAGGGUUCGUCUGCCCACUCGGAGUCUAGUCAUCAGUUCCCACAUGCUUUUCAUAUAGAAGGACAUGAUGAAACUGAGAAUUUGCACAGUGGGUUGCCACACCACACAUACCCAGGACCCAUGUUUCAGGGGGGCCAGAUGAAUAAUUUUGCAUCCCUGUUUGAACAUGGGAUUUCAGAAGGGGAAGCGGAAGAUGAUUUUGUUCCAGUGUACCCUUACGAUGAUGCUGAGCUGACGGAUCCGUUCAUCUCAAUGGGUGGCAUGCUGCCACCAUCGGCGUACACGGGACCAGUUGCGCCCAACCUGUUCUACUACUUUUUAACUGGACAGCUUCCUCAUGGUACGGUGUCCCACACCCAGAUGGACUACGAGGCUGGUGGAGACCAUAGGACUGACUUUGGUUAUGAGGACGAUCAUCCCUCUGAUAACCUCCCUCAAAUUCAAGUUCCCACUGAACAGUUGUAGACUUUUUCUAGGUUUUACAUGACUUGAAGCAACUGAGUGUAAAGGCAGCUGCAUUUUACUUCGUUUGGCUUUAAAGUUGUUUAUAAAUCAAUAAACUUAAAU